AUGCCCGCAGAAGCGGCCACCGCACCUCCCAUUUCCCGACCUUGGUUGGUGCUGGUAGUGGUUCUCCUGCUGAACGUCGGCUGGCCGCCGAGCGAUGGGUGCCUACUUCGUGAAAGGACGGCUUUACUGGAGCUGAGGUCUUCGCAGGAGAGCGUCAAGGACGGCUCCUACUCAAAGUUGCUCUCUUCUUGGACCCAAGGCGCCGGCGACUGCUGUAGCUGGCCCUUGGUCAACUGCAGUGAUGAAUCCGGACGGGUGACGCGGCUCCAUUUGGCGAACUUGGGCGGAGACCCAGAUCUGGCGAACCCGUGGUAUCUGAAUUUCAGCGUGUUCUCCUCCUUCACGGAGCUCGAACACCUCGACCUCUCCGAUAAUCGGAUCAUCGGCUCCAUGGCCGCCGCCAUUUCAGGUCCUGCACGUCUUCUCUGGCCCAAUCUACGUAUUUUACUUGCACAUGUGACUCUGUCUCGCCCAGCCGGUCACAAAGGCGAAGGAAACAAUGGAGUAAUUUUCGUCCUUAAGAGAUAUCUUUUAACUGGAAAAAUUGUCGCCCUACCUGCGAUUCUAGGCUUGCCUGACUCAUUGGCACACACGGCUUAAUGCGGUAGUUUAUAUUCGCACAAACUGCAAAAUAAGCUAGAAAAUACCAUGUUGGUUAGGUAAUUUCGCUACUUAGAACAUAUAAUAAUCGUUUAGAACAUCUCCCAUUUUCAACCUAGAUCAACAAAAGGUUAAUGGUUGGAUGAGCUGAUGUUGCGGCCGAUUUCCUGCAGAUUUGACCACCGUGAAGAAGUUGAGUGUUCUUGAUUUGAGCUUCAACAAGUUGGAAGGUAAGGUACCCUGCUCGAUACGAUUCCUAAAUGGAUUGACGAAAUUAGAUCUCAGCAGGAAUGACUUGGGGGAUUUACCGGACUGUCUCGGAGAACUAAGAAAGUUAGAGAUAUUGAAUCUUCGUUACAACAACUUGAGAGGGGGGAUACCAACCUUUGUAGGAAACUUGAGCAACUUACAUGCCUUGGACCUCACCGGAAAUGGACUUCAAGUGGGGAUGCCUUAUGUUCUCGGCCAUUUAAAGAAGCUGAGAAUCCUGAAUCUUAGCGGAAACCAAUUGGACAAAGGAAUACCUUCUUUUCUAGGAAACAUGUCUUCCCUUCGUCAACUGCAUCUGCGACACACCUCUCUAACAGGAGAGAUACCGAGGUUUCUUGGGAACCUCAGCGAGCUGGGCUUGCUAGAUCUCGGUUGGAACAACUUGGGAGGGAAGAUCCCUGAGAUUCUGGGUUGUUUAAAGAAGCUGGCCAGCUUAAAGAUUAAUGAUAACAGCUUUGAAGGAGCGAUACCCAUAUCUCUCGAGAAUAUGACUUCCCUUCGCCACUUGGAUAUGAGCGAAAAUCAGCUAGAAGGAGAAAUUCAUCCAACUGCAUUCUACAGCCUAUCUUCAUUGGAAGAAUUACGUCUUGAUGACAACAAGCUCAGCGGAAAUUUCUCCUUCCAAUAUCUUGUCAAAUGCUCAAGGCUUCGCGAGUUAUCACUCUCUAGCAAUUUUAUGCUGAAAGUUCAAAUGGAUUAUGGAGACCCAGCGUCGAACCUCCAACUAUCGUCUCUUUUUCUUUCUUUCUGUGACCUAAGCGAGAAUCUAAACCUUGAUGAAUCUUUCUUCUUGCAGUCUCAGCGUUACUUGACUUCCAUUGACCUGUCUUGCAGUGGCAUAUCAGGAUCACUGCCUACUUGGUUGUUUGAGAACAAUAUCAAUUUACAGUAUGUGGUGCUCUGUAACAGCUCAUUGAAAGGGGAGUUUCCUCUUCUGAAAACACCGUCAUUGAAGGUGAUGAUGUUAGAUCUCAGUCAAAAUAAGAUCGGGGGGACAUUGCCAGAAAAUUUCAGCACUACAUUUCCUGGUCUUAAUUUCCUGAGUUUGAGCGGGAACAGGUUCAUUGGAAGCAUUCCUUCCUUACAAUUCAAAAAAAGGAUGAUGAACUACUUUAUGAUCAAUCUAGGAAAUAAUCAGUUCAGCGGAAAAUUUCCUCUAUUACCGAAUCAAUUAGACUUUGCAUUCCUCAAUAUUGAGAACAACAAACUUUCUGGGGAGAUAAGAGGAAACCUACCUCGUAUCUCUUAUUUGGGUGGAAACAACUUCACUAGCUUGUCUCGGAGCUUGUCAAGCAUCCAAAAUAUUGAAAUAUUUGAUGUGCAUGAUAAUCAAUUGUCUGGUGAAGUUCCUGAGUUUAUAUGGGCUUCCAAGGAAUUAUCUACUCUUGUUCUAAGAGGCAACAAAUUUCAUGGUGAAAUUCCACACGAUCUUUGCAAACUGGAGUCACUCACCGUGUUAGACAUGUCGCACAAUAUGUUCUCAGGGUCCAUUCCUCAGUGCUCACAAUUGAUGAGGUUAAUUCGUUUAAAUCUGGAGGUGAACAACCUGUCCGGCAAAGUGCACGACAAGUUUACCGAUUUUGUACAGGUUGAAUUUCUAAAUCUCGGAGGUAACUCAUUUACUGAUAAUCUGGAGUGGACAAAAGGUUUACGGCAAAUAAAAAUUCUCUUACUCGGUCAGAACAACUUUUAUGGCGAAAUACCAACGCAUUUAUGCAGAUUGCACUAUCUACACCUGUUAGAUCUCUUUCACAAUAAUCUUUCAGGUGUUAUUCCGCAAUGCUUAGAUAAUACUGGUCUUAAUAGAAGACCGGACCUCGACAUUGAAUUGGCGUCUAAUCUUCACCUAUGGGUUUCACAAGUACUUUAUCAGAAGCCCAUGACCCCUCUUGCAAUCCAGGAUGUAAACGUCAGGAUAAAGGGCGCUUUUUAUACUUACACGGGAUAUAAUUUGUACCUGUUUGCCGGGAUGGAUUUAUCAUCAAAUCAUUUAGAGGGACAAAUCCCACACAGUAUUGGAAAUCUUACAUCUCUAAAGUCACUCAAUCUUUCCUUCAAUCACCUCACUGGAUUGAUUCCGACAACCUUAUCUGGACUUCAGAGUAUCGAAAGCUUGGACUUAUCUCACAAUGAAUUAGAAGGAUCAAUACCAUCAGAGUUGCUACAACUCUCAUGCUUGGAAAUAUUUUCUGUUGCAUACAAUCGCUUGGAAGGUUGCACUCCACCUUUGAAAGGACAGUUUCAUACAUUCGACAGGAGUUCUUAUGAGGGCAAUGCAGACUUACAUGGGUUUCCAAUAGAUGCCUGCAGGUCCAAGUCUAAUUAUCUAACACUGCAACACGGACGUGAUGAUGUUGACAAGGACAAAAGCAUCUUAUAUGGCAUUCUAUUGGCGUCACUUUUGACAUUCUUUUUAAUAACUUGUUCUUAUUUUCUCUUUAGUCGUUCAUUUGAUUGA